AUGGUUUCUGAUGAAGACCAGUCGCUGGUGUACAUCCCAGGAGUGUCUGCAGAGGGGAAUUUUAGCGCAAGACACCUGCCGAGAAGUCAGAACGCAGAAGCGAAGGGCAAGAAACCUGUAGCAUCUGCCUCUAUCCCGAUGGAUGCCUUGAAACACACCGAAGAAGCCGCUGGGCAGCAGGUCCCUGACAAAGGAGGAAUGAAGAGUGCUUCUCUAAAGGAUUUAUGUCCCGAAGACAAGAGGCGCAUCGCAAACUUAAUUAAGGAGCUCGCAAGGGUGAGCGAAGAGAAAGAGGUGACGGAGGAGCGGCUGAAAGCUGAACAGGAGUCCUUCGAGAAGAAGAUCAGACAACUGGAGGAGCAGAACGAGCUCAUCAUCAAAGAAAGGGAAGCCCUGCAGCAGCAGUACAGAGAAUGCCAGGAACUGUUGAGCCUUUAUCAGAAGUAUCUCUCUGAGCAGCAAGAAAAAUUGACGCACUCUCUUUCGGAGCUGGAGGCCGCCAAGCAGAAGGAGCAACAGAUGUCCCACCAGAGAAGUCUCUGUCAGCCACAGUUUGAGCUGGACGGGUCCUACCUCAAUAUAGCAAGACCCCAGACUCUGUACAAAAACAACAGCAGCGGUCCUUCUGCAUCCGUGGCUCCGCCGUGCCAGAACAGCCACGGUCCUGAGGUUCCAAUCCAUGAUGGCAGGCCAGAAGAUCAGAGCCGGUGUCUGCUGGAAAACAGGCUGCAUGGGAAAUGCAACAACCUGGUCUCCCCGGGCAAGCCAAAGGAGCUUCCCCACACAAAAAGAACUCCUGACGCAUGCCAGAGGGUCAGCGAGUGCCCGCUUCCAGCUUGCGCCUUUCACAAGAAGGCUUGUAGCUCAGAUUACAGCUUCUUCCAGGAGGGCUACCACACUCCAAGAAGACCCACCGGGCCGCAUGGCGGAGUGUCCCCAGACCGCCCGGGCCCGUCGCGUUCCUUGGGGAUGAACGGUAGCCCGGGCUCCGGGUCCAAAGGGAAGGGGCGGGGCCAGAGGCUGUCGGAGGAAAGGAGGAGGCAGCUCCUGCUGCAGAAGAUGGAGCUGGAGAUCGAAAAGGAGCGCCUGCAGAACCUCUUGGCCGAAAAGGAGGCCAAGCUCUUGCUUCAGCAGCAGGAGCUGCGCCAGUCCAGGCAGGCUUAUGACAGGUGUAAAGGCCAUCGUCCUAACUCAGAAGACCUUCUCGUCGAGUCGGUGCUGAUGAGGCCCGGCGGGCCGGACCCCAUGAUGAAUGGCCCUGGUGGGGUCCUCAGUCCCACCAGGUCUGAGUGCGAAGGUUGCGUCUCCAGAACCCUAGCCUCAGGGAGAGGCUGCAGAGCGCCAGGAAGCAGUGGAGGAAGCAGUUCUGGAAAGAAAAAUGUCGGCUUCAGCGUGGAUGGGGAAGAGGAAGCCCCAUGGGGGCAGGCUGAGAAGGAAGGGGUCAGGCCGAGGAGAGGGACGGCCGCGGGCUCCCGGAAGGACGCGGCGACAUCCCCUGGACUGACAGGCUGCAGAAAGGAGCUUGUAACCGCAGCCACGUCCCCAAUCCGCCGUGACACCUCAGGAUACGAGGCCUCCCUCUUUGACCUGGUGGAAGCAAUGAGCCCCGGGUUCCAGCAUCGCUGCGGUGAUCGUUGCGGCCACCACAAGUCGCUGGCGCCACGGAGCGGGAGCCGGAGGAACCCUGGCUGGAGUCGGAACCCUUCCGGGCCCAGAAACGGGGCCGCCGAGCUAGAAGAGAGUCGAAUUUUGGAGGAGAUCUUUUUCAUUUGA